UCUCUCUCUCUCUCUCUCUCUGUCACAUAGGGUGCUGCAAUUGUUUGUUUUGUUGUAUAUGUGUACGGCGUCGUUUGGUGGAAUGCAGAGGUACUACUGGUUACUAGUGUGGUGAAAGCUGAGAAAGAAGACAGAAAUGGCGGGGAAUGAGGGUGUGUAUGAGUUUGCAAAGAACUUGGCUCACGAGCAUGCGCAGGUGAUACCAGUCUCGGUCUUUGUGGCGGUUCUCUGUCUUUGUUUCGUCGUCGGCCAUUUGCUUGAAGAAAAUCGAUGGGUCAACGAAUCCAUUACUGCCAUUUGCAUCGGAUGCAUAGCUGGAACAAUAAUCUUGCUUGUGAGCAAGGGCAAAAGUUCCCACAUUCUGAGAUUUAAUGAAGAGUUGUUCUUUAUAUAUCUCCUGCCACCUAUAAUAUUCAAUGCUGGAUUUCAGGUCAAGAAGAAACAGUUUUUUCGGAACUUCUUAACCAUCUUAAUGUUUGGGGUGAUUGGUGUUUUCAUUUCAACCUCCAUCAUAGCAGUUGGCUCCUGGUUGCUGUUUCCUAAGUUGGGCUUUGUUGGCCUGAAUGCACGAGACUAUCUCGCUGUAGGAACAAUUUUUUCAUCAACUGAUACAGUGUGUACACUGCAGGUUCUUCAUCAAGAUGAAACUCCUUUACUAUACAGCCUAGUCUUUGGGGAAGGAGUGGUGAAUGAUGCAACAUCAGUUGUCCUGUUCAAUGCAAUUCAAAAGAUUGAUGUUACUAGGCUUAGUGGCGCAAAUGGACUUCGUGUCGUUGGAGAUUUUCUAUACCUAUUCUUCACAAGCACUGCCCUUGGAAUUGCAUUUGGACUUUUGGCAGCAUAUGCCCUUAAAACCUUAUGCUUUGGAAGGCAUUCGAGCAUCCGUGAGAUUUCCUUAAUGGUUCUACUGGCUUAUCUGUCUUACAUGGUGGCUGAGCUGUUAGACCUGAGUGGAAUUCUCACCGUUUUCUUUUGCGGGAUUCUCAUGUCGCAUUAUGCAUGGCAUAAUGUCAGUGAAAGUUCAAGAAUCACAACCAGGCAUGUAUUUGCAAUGAUGUCAUUCAUAGCAGAAACAUUCAUAUUUCUUUAUGUGGGAAUGGAUGCUCUUGACAUUGAGAAGUGGAAGAUAACUACAUUAAGCCUUGGGGAUUCACUGGGCAUCUAUAGUACAAUACUCGUAUUAAUAUUGCUCGGACGUGCUGCAUUUGUAUUCCCUCUCUCAGCAAUCUCCAAUUACUUGAAUAGACGAGCUACGGGAUCAUCUUCACUUUCAUUCAAACACCAGGUAAUCAUAUGGUGGGCUGGGCUAAUCAGAGGAGCUGUCUCUAUUGCUUUGGCUUUUAAACAGUUUACAUAUUCUGGUGUCACAUGGGAUCCAGUCAAUGCUACGAUGAUUACUAACACCAUAAUUGUUGUCCUAUUCAGUACACUGGUGUUUGGCUUUCUGACAAAGCCGCUUAUAAAUUAUCUGCUUCCUCACGCUGCAACUAGCACCCUUAACCGUAAAGAGUCAAAGGACAUAUCAGAGGACAUGAACCUGCCUUUGCUCUCCUUCGAUGAAUCUGCUGAGACCAAUAUCAGUCGUGCAAAGGAUAAUUUGUCCAUGUUGAUGGAGAGACCUGUAUACACCAUACAUUCUUACUGGAGGAGGUUUGAUGAUGCCUACAUGAGACCAAUAUUUGGAGGGCCACUUGCCAAUCAGUCUGCUGCUUGAGUGAAUGACUUCACAGCUUCAGUCCAUCAUAGCAAUGCAUCCAAAGCACCCUAACGAAACGCAAAUCCCAGUGCUAGUCGAAGCAGGUAGAUGAACGUUUUGUGCAUGAAGAUGCUUAAUUUUCUAGGACACCGUAAGUGUUAACUUUUCCCUGUUCGACAUUAUCCAGCUGCUAGCGUUACUUUUGCCUAUGGGGUACAAUAUGACUCAUUGAGGCUGCAGAUUAACUGCUUGGAAAAGUAAAAUUGUGUGCAUAUUAUGCUAAGAAAUGUGAUGCCAACUGCUUACUAUCCCGAUUAGUGGUUGAACCAAAACUAAUCUGGGUUCGAAUUCAUUAGAAAGACCAACUAAAUGCUACUUGCUACCAGAUGGAUGUUAUUUAUAGAAAUUGCAGCUUCGACUGAAGCAGAACUAAAAGCAACUUCGAGUACAGAAAAAGUAUUGGACUUGAACUGCAAAGCAAGCAGCAAUGACCUUUUCGCAUUGCCUAAUAUUAUUGUUGGGGUUCCAACAAACAGAAAGUACUGGUACAAACAAAUGCAUUUAGCAAUUACAGAGACGGAUUUAACAACACAGGUAACAAAUAGAUGUUUUCAAAAUAUACAUGGAAAACAUUAUAAAUAUUUCAAAUCUAGGAAGCACUAGGAAAUGGUAAAAUCACUUGGUUGUUGAAAC